AUGUAUGAAUAUUAUGAGUACUCAACAGAACACAAAUUUCAAAAUCGUAGAAAUUGUUCAGUGGAUUGGCAUGAGGAGUGUUUCUCCAGAUAUGAAAUAGUUUCUGGCAGAAGGCACCAUAUAAUUUCGUAUAGAGUUUAUGACGAUAAUGAUAAUUAUGAUUCAGGCGAAUUUCGAUCACUUUAG